AUCUUUUUCCUAUGCACAACAACUUAUCCCUCAGGUGUGCUCGCAUCUAUCUCCACAGGGAUGCAAACACACACGACUACGAUUUAAAAAAAAAAUUUGUUUUUGCCUUAUUUCCAUCAAAACUCACAAAAAUACAUAAGAGCAGAGUCCAAGACCUCUACCAAGCCCUGUUGACAAAAGUACAAACUAGGGAUGCACCAUUACCACUUUUUUCAGACCAAGUACAAGUACAAGUAUUUACUGUAGAUUUGAGCACUCAAUACCGAGUACCAAUACUUGAUAAUGCCAUUACGUCUUGCAAUUGUGGUGAAAAUGUUUUAUUUUGAUUAAUUUUGCAACGCAAACAUUUCUUGAGCAUUUCACUCAACUAUAACUUUUUCAUGGAACAUUAGUGAAAUUCUAACAUCCAAAUGCAUCAUUUUCUAAUAGUCUUGCCAUGCAUUUUACUUCAAAAAUGUAGGCUGUAACACAAGGCAUUUCAAUUAUGCGGUGUCUCAGUCUGAACACUAGGGGGCACUAUGUGUAAGAAGUCGAUACAGUAGAGACGAAGAAGAAAUAACAGCUGAAGAAGAACAUAGAGGAUAUUCACAGAGGAUGCCAUGUUUCUUUAGUGUGUUAACUACAAAAUAGCAAGCAUGGACAUCCUAAUGAAAGAAGGCCUCACAGUGAGCGACAACACGAGUCACAGAGCAGACCAAGACGUGGUGGCCGGAAGCAAAAGUCAAGCUCUGAACCAGAGUGACCCACUGGACAUUUUCAUUGGCAUGGAGCUUUUGCUUCGUUUCAAACCUCUCUUCAUGUCUCUCUACUGCCUCGUGGUGGUCAUAGCCAGCAUGGGGAACUUGUUCCUGUUGACUUGCAUCCUGGUGGACAAGAAGCUCCACAACGCCACUAACUUUUUCAUCGGUAACUUGGCCGCUGGAGACCUGCUGAUGUGUUUGAGCUGCGUGCCGAUGACAAUGUCCUAUGCCUUCGGCAGCCAAGGGUGGGCUUUUGGGAGUCCCCUGUGUCACCUGGUGCCCCUGGUGCAAUGCGCCACUGUGUUUGCGUCAGUGCUUUCCCUCACGGCCAUCGCGGUGGACCGAUAUGUUGUCCUCGCUCAUCCGGUGCGUAGGCGGAUUUCUUUGUGGGGUUGCGGUGCAGUGACCCUGGCCAUAUGGCUUUUAUCCGUGGCCUUGGCCGCUCCUCCGUCCUUCUACACGCACUACUUGGACCUACGGCCCAGCGGCAUGGACCUGGUGGUCUGCGAAGAGUUCUGGCCGGAAAGCGGCAACCUGCGACUGCUUUACUCCUGCUUCAUCCUCAUCACCUCCUACAUGAUCCCGCUGCUGUCCGUGAGCAUCUCGUACUGCGCCAUCAGCGUCAGCCUCAAGCGCUAUUCUGUGCCCGGGGAGGAGACUAGCAGGAAGCGGCACUGGAAGCAAAAGCGGAGGAAGACCUUCUCUCUGUUGAUGGCAUCAGUGCUGGCAUUUGCUCUGUGUUGGCUCCCUUUGCAGGUGCUGAACCUUUUGUUGGACCUGGACCCAGACUGUGACAUCAUUGGCAAGCGUUACAUCAAUAUCUUACAGGUGUGCUGUCAUUUAGUGGCAAUGAGUUCGGCGUGCUACAACCCCUUCAUCUACGCCUCGCUGCACAGCAAGGUACGCAAACACCUGAUGGGCUACCUGUGCCCUAACAACCAGAGGACGGUGCAAGGGUCCUUGUCCAGAAUCUGAUCUCCAUCUCUAUCAAUUAAUUUUUAUCAUGGAGAAUCUUUUACCAGAAACCAAUUUGGGAUGGUUCAUUUUUUUCCACAUGAGGCGUAUUGGAGAUGACAUUGGAGAUGGUUGAACAAAAACAUGGACAACAAGCAAAAAGGCCAGCAUGAGUACUUUGCGCUUCAUGGGCCUCGUGGUCAAACCUUACAAGCCAUGUGGAGCGGAAAUGCCUGUUUUCACACAGCUAACCAUGUGGAAAACUCACUGCACUUGGAUUACAAUCACGUGCAAAAUACUUGCCAUUCCGGUGUAUUAUUUAUCGCAACAUUUCAAAUCUUUAAAAGGACAGCAUGCAGUUGGCUGCUAACAAGAUUUGAAUGUAGCUUGAUUUCAGUCCCCGCCCCUGCCUCGCCCUUGCUCCUGUCCCUGCCCCCUCGCGUCUCUGCCCAAAGAAAAGCCCCCACCUCACUGGACAACAACAAAAAAAUCCAAGGAGAGAGCAGUUCAUCGUGCCCAUGAGGCAUCUUCAGAGUGCACCUCAGUCAGCCCGUGCGCACAACAUUACACGAAAUGUUACCCGCUUGAUGUUGUAUUUUUUGGAAUGUACAAUCAAUUAAUCGGAAUCAGAAUCAUCUUUAUUUGCCAAGUAUGUCCAAAAAACACACAGGGAAUUUGUCUCCGGUAGUUGGAGCCGCUCUAGUACGUCAUUUGACAGAGAACGCUUUUGAGACGUAAAGACAUUGAGAAAAAAAAAACAGUCACUGAGCAGUAAAGUGUUGCUAGUUAUCUGGUAAUGCCGGUACAUGAUUUUAUCUUUUUUUGAUAAUUGUGCAAAAAGAUGCAGAGUCCUCUAGCACUUAAAGCAGUUCAAAUGACUAAUAUUGCAAUAGUCCGGUGCAAUGACCAUUGUGCAAAGGGCGCCGAGACUUCAAGGACCGUAUGCGGUUUAAAGUGACGAGUAGUGCGAUAAUCUGGGACGAUGUUGGUUGUGCAAAUGUUGCAGAUACUCCUCAGGAGUGACCAGGUUGGAUAAAAUGAGAAAUGAGCUCAUCAGAGGGACAGCCAAGGUUUGAUGUUUUGGAGACAAAGUGAGAGAGAGCAGACUUUGAUGGUUUGGACACAUCCAGAGAAGAAAUAGUGAGUAUAUUGGUAGAAGGGUGAUGAGGAUGGAGCUGCCAGGCAACAGCGCUAGAGGAAGACCAAAGAGAAGGUUGAUGGAUGUCGUGAGGGAAGACGUGAGGGCAGUUGGUGUGAGAGAGGAGGAUGCAGGAGAAACAUGGAAAAGGAUGUGGCGACCCCUAGCGAGACAAGCCGAAAGGGAAAGAAGAAGAAGAAAAUGAUGAAGAAGAAGCUGGCGAGAGGAUUAUGGCAUCUAACAUAAUUAGUGCUUUGUUUGUUUACCACAAACCGGGUGGCACUUUAUGAGAUCGUGACAGUGUGACUUGAAUUCUAAUCACGUUUGGGUAUCCAAAAAAAGCGCUUCUUGCAGUAGAUAUAAGACUCAACACACCCCUGCUCAAAUGAUUUGAAAAUUCAAAACUUUGUUUCAUUAAUGUGACCUAUAAUCUGUGCAACUCAAUACAAAAAAAUACAUCUUUUCAAGAGGGGAAGUAAAAAUAAACAACUGAGAUAAUGUGGUUACAGGUGUGCACAGGUAAGGAAAAGCCUACUAGAACAGCUAAACUUUAUACGGGGUUAAUCACUUUCAGUGGUGGCAAGUGUGUGCUGACUCCCAUUUGAUAUGAAUUUGAAUGUGAUUGGUUAAUUCUAAACACAGCAACAUCCCCAGUUAGUGUAUACAGCAAAAGUUAAGUCACAUUCUCAGUUGUUUAUUUUUACUUUCUCGCUCGAAAAGAUUUCCGUUUGUUGUCAUGUUAUUCGUCACAUUAAGGGUGGAAAAAUGUUUGAAUUGAUUUAUCGUUUUUUUUUUAAACACAAGAACCUGGUAUUUGAACACGUGGGUGUAGAAUUUUAUAUCCACUGUAAGCUGUCAUUAUGUCUGCCGUCGUGUCAACUCAACAGGUGUGGCCGCGACUUCAAAGAAACCCACGUGGGUGUCAGUUUUGCGCCUGCGGCAGCCAAUGUUUUCACCUCGCUGACAAUCCACUUUGCUGCCUGUUGCCUAGGCGCUGGGCCGCCAUGCUUGUUCACCCAAAGUGAACCUUGAGACUGCAUUUAGCACUCCUCACUUUAGAUUUCAUCAUGUUCUUUCAGGCAGUCAUUGCAUGAGUUUUGUUGGGAAAGAAGGGUCUUUAUUUCUUCAUAACAGUGCUCAUGUAGUUUGGAACAAGUAUUUACUGAAGUGGUGUGUCUGUAUUGAUCGAGAACAAUAGUAUCAAUCUGAUGAACUGUUUCUGACAUUGUGUUCACAUUGUACAUAUACAUUACUUACAAUCGACACCAGAAGGUCCCCAAUUCACAUUUUAACUAUUUUAUUAAAUUUACCAACAACCUGGGCCUUUUGCUGAUUUUAAAUAUCAAGUGUGGUCCUUGAACACUAAAGUUUGCCCACCGCUGAUUUGGAAUCAUCAAUGAACCUAACAUGUUGUAAGGAAGGUGGAGUACCUGCAGAAAACCCACGCAAGCAUAGAAAAACAUGCAAAAAUCACACAAGAAGGCUGGGGCUAAGAUUUGAAUCCAGAACCUCAGAGCUGUGAGGCAGACAUGCCAACCACUGCAGCGCCAUGCUGCCUGUAUAAUGUAUAUGUGUAAUUUAAACCUGCAAUUUAAAUACAUAAUGUACAAUGUACAUUUGACAGCAGCAUUCAAGAUGUACUUUAUGUUUCUUUAAUGUAGCUGUAUUAACCCAACUUUAUUCAUGGGGCACUUUAAAAACAUUAAUAGAGGAAAAUAGUAGUUGAGGAUUUUAUUUUCGCUUUCGCUUUUGUACAUGUUUUGUGCUGUGUCAUUUGUGGAACAAAUCAUUUUGACAAAUGUUCACAUGCUGUAUAUGCAGUAACAUUUUGAGACGUAUACUGUAUGUUAGUCUUCACAAACACUUUUUAAAAAUUCCAAAAGCAGCCUGAACAUUUAUAAAGUGGUCAUUUGUUUUUAGUGAGUUGCUUGGCAAUGUACGCUGCAGUUGAGAUGUUUAAAAUAGUGCUGAUGAAUUCUUAAGGGGCCAUUAAUACUGUGUUUGAAAAUAGAAAUCGAUUAAAACGGGUCUGAAAGUGGACGCUUCAUAAAAUGUUGUUGUUCCCACUUCUCAAACGGAGGAUGUGCGCAUGCACAAGUACGUCACAUUCCAUUGUGAAUGACUGUUGAUGAGCGUGUGCCGGUUAACAGAAUGAGCUUGAUAGCACUUCUUCGGCCAAGAGUGCAUUUACUGUGACCUGCUGAGACACAUUACUCCCAUAGCUUAUAUUCGCAACCCAAAUACAAGGUGUGUCAGAAAGGUUCCAGGACUGGUGUUACAAAAGAUUUAUUUCUCAGUUUAUGUAUACCAUCAUUUAUUAAUACCGUACAACACUAUAUUACUCCAACCUUUCCGUCCUUUUUGCCAUAUUUGUAGUACUUGUGUUUAUUUGUUGUGCAAAAUUGUGUUUAACGUAUUGCACCACAUUGGCUGUCUCUGAUCAAUAUUAAUGUAUCCACAGCACUUAUUAUUCCAGUCCAAAGGUUAAAAAAAAAAAAAAAAAAAAAGUAUCUUAUGUUUCUAAAUGAUGAUGACAACCGAUUUUGCAUGGAGAAUGCAUAUGAAUUGAAACUAAAGAAUGUGAACUUACAGUAUACUGUGUAAAGCUAAAAUGGUGAAAUACUAUAUGACAAAAACCUUUUAUCUAGUGCCAAUAUUAUAGCACUAAAUGGGAUUAUCUUCUCAUCUUUCUCAAAUUAUCUUAUUUUUAUAAUCAUGUGAGUUGGUAUUAUGCAUUAUUUUAAAUAACAGAUGCAGUAUUGAUAUAUUAUGUUUUGUAAAUGUACGACCAAAAAAUUUGCCACCUUCACAUGUUCUAUGUUCUUGUUAUGCCAAUAAAUGAUGACAAUGACAUAUUAUAAUGUCCAAACAAAUUACUGUAAGUUUCCCGAUCAGUUAAACGUUUUAAGCCCCCAGGCUAUGACUGAAUCCACUGCAAAUUCUCUAAAGCAAGUCAAAAUUUGUAUGUCAGGGUUUGGAAAAGAUUUUACAUGAGAUAAGAAAUGAAGCAGAAAUACUGCAGGACAUCAUUUUUAAUGAAUACAAUCAUAAAAUCCCCUCUCUCUGAGUUGAAGUCUGGUUCAUUUCAGGGGCGGCGAACCGGCAGAGGAGUGACCAUGCAAUUCUGAAAAACAAACAAUAACUUUUAUAAUAUGUAAUAAUAAACAUUUGUUGCAUCAUAUUUGUUCACACCUUUAGUAUUUCCUCCCAGACCUGCUCGGAAAAUGGUCGGGGCAGUCAUUCCAGAAUUGGAGGACAAUUUAGGCACCAACGUGUUUGAAAACUGUAUUUAUUUAUCUUUUUUUUUUGUUUGUUUGUUUUUUUUGUUUACAAGAAAAACAGGUCAUGAAACAUCAUUUGAUCAUCAAUUUGAUUUAUCCAACUCCACCAACAACGUUGAACUUUUUGUGAGAUAUUUUGUUUGUCAUGUUGCCGCACCUUCCGUCUAGCCCUGGUUAGAAAAAUUCGUCUGAUGAUGUCAUUUCAGAGAGUCAUACAGCUCACUUUUUUUCUUCUCUAGGCUAAAAAGGUUUUAGUAACAGGGUUGCGUGUAUGUUGAGAGACAUACACGCACAGCAUAUAAUUACUGCUCUAUAGAAUAUGUCCUUAAUAAAACAAAAAUGUUUUUACACUUACAAGACAUGAACAAAAUCAUACCGAAAAAGAUGACUGAAAUCGGAUUUUAUCAGUUAUAUUUGAUAUGUGUUUGUCACCUAGAGGGUGACAAACACAUAUCAACAGAAAAAAAUCGUUUUAGGGGAGUACUCAAGAGUUAUCGGUAUUUUAAAUAAUAUAUGGGAAUCAUUUUUAUUGUAGCUACAGUUACAUUUUCAGAACAACUAUAAUUUACACAACAAGUGCAGAUUUCUGUAUUUUGUGCAUGGAUUAUUUGAAAUUUUAGGGGGAGAGUGUUGGGGGGAAAUAUCCUCCAAUUCUAGAAUGACCCUAGUUAAUAAUAAACUUGUUCAAUAAACUCCCAAAUCAUUCAGCACAAAAAAAAUGACAUGGAGAAGAGUGUGCAACCACAAUAACAAUUCACAAUUAGCCUAGAAAACUAGCUCGCUAACUAGCUGACUUAACUAAACGAACUAAAAUUGGCCUGAAAUAAACUAAUAAUUCUAGGUACCACUGUGGUUAGCAAAUAAGCUAACAGUUAGCCUGGCUGCUUCAAUUUCUUCUUCUACUGUUCUGUUUGUUUGUAUUUUCCAACAAUAGGCAUGCCAUUUGGCACCAUGCUGCCUCUCAUAGGUCCAUCUUGGUACUACAACUGGUUUGGAGAGGAGACUUGCAAUUGUCUGAAUACAAUUAUGUAUGUGGUGUGCUGUGUUCAAUGGCGGUAUUUGGCAAUUGCACAAUUCACCACUUACGGGGGCAGCAACCCCCUCAUCCCAAAAAAAAAACUAAAUGCUUUUCUAUUGGCAGCAAAGAAAAGACAUGUAUUAGAAAUCAACAAUGGAUACAGGUAUGUAUGAGGAGGGUCUCGCACAGGGCGCUAUUCAAGCAAGGACCACCACUGGCUGUGUUGGCCAUCUCUAAUAACACCAAACACGAUAAGAGCAGUCAGAACUGCCUUUGGUAUGUGUGGGGUCUCUCGCAUCUAAAAAAAAUAAAUAGGUUGACAUGUUAUGUGUACCCAGAUAACACAUUUAAUGCCAGCCGUUUUUCAGAAUUGGGAGAGCUGGGUGCCAGCUAUUUUUGACAAUUUUGACUAAUUUUGGAAGGCCUUCAGAAAAUUGUGUUCUAUAGCUAUAGAAACAUGGAACCUACCAAAAGAAAUAUUUAACCCUCUUCUUUCAUCAGGAAAGAAAGUACAUUUCUACCUUUUAUCGUUCUUUAGUAAACAGCAGUUGAACAAAGGUAUGUUUCUUGAAAAUACCUGUUUCCAAGAAAAAAAUGGAGAAAAAGAGCUUUUUGUGAAACUUUGAUGCUAUUUUUUGUUUUUUUGCUUUUAUGAUAGCUAAAAUAUCAAAACAAUGCUUUCUUACUAUAUAACAACAUAAACAACACGAAACGAGUAUUUUGAUUGCAAAAUAACAGCUUAUUUACAAGUAUAACAUGCAUUUUCAAAUUGAUGAUGCAAGAACUUUGAAAUAUGUACAGUUGUGUAGGUGCAUGUGUGGGUGUGCAUGUGUGUGCGUGUGGAACUUUUAUGGUUUCCCAGUCAGCAGAGAACCAGCCAUGAACAGCCCCACCACUGCUUGAUGCACCUCCUGUAAAUGAUUUUAGAAAAUAAACAAUUAUCUAUCCAUCCAUUUUCUGAGCCUUCUCCUCACGAGGGUCGCGGGCGUGCUGGAGCCUAUCCUAUCCUAUCCUAUCCUAGAAAAUCCACGCAGGCACAGGGAGAACAUGCAAACUCCACACAGGCGGGGCCGGGGAUUGAACCCGGGUCCUCAGAACUGUGCCGCCAAUAAACAAUUAAAAAUAAAACAUUAUUGCUGCAGUGUGAAUUGGAGAAAAAUACUUUUUUCACCUUUCUUGCCAACAGGUGUGCGAGGACAUUUUCUCCUGGUUGCACCCACUGCAAUUUAUAGAAAUAUGUACAAUUAACACAAAAUAUCUAUGUUGUUGCUACAGUGCGAUGAGGAAAGGUAAAAAAACAAAUCUGCAUUACACACAUCACAUUGUCGGAAAAUUCUAUUUUUGUACAUACUGUCUAUAAAUAGAUGACCAAGAAUAAUAAAAAAAAGUCUAUCCAAUUCAUCUAGCUAUCGAUGUUCCACGUUUUUUUUGUCUACAGGAUGCAUGAUUUGUAAACGUGUAGUAUCGUAGGACAAAUUGUCGUGCUUGUUUGUGCACGUUGCAUGAUAAAAAUGGUAAAGUGAGUAAUGGCUCAGGCUAUGGAUGUUAGCUUUGAAGUUAGCAAGUUCAUACCUCUUCCGUGACUUUCUGGGGGCUCAGGGGAGGACGCCCUGCUGCUCCCAUAUAUGGAUGAAUCCAGAUCAGGCUAAUUGUAAUCCAAGUCCGAAUGUUCGUCGGCAGUCGACGUUUCGGGGGAAGUGGACCGGGAUAUGGUCGCAUUCUCACCGUUGGCCUUCGAAGGCUUGGCGUUACAUGCCGUUCGUUGUCGUAGCAUCAUCCCUUUCUCCUUUUCUGGCGUUAGCAAAACUCUAUUUUAGAGUAAGCUGUCUGUAUUUAUUCAUGUUUUUUCACUCUAACUUGUCAAUCACCGUCUCUCUCUUUCAACCACGCUCCUGCAACUCCCCACCAUGCCAACAUGGGAUCUCAACAGAUGUCGUUGUCCUCUGAUCGUACUGACAAAGCUCUGAUCAAAGCCACUGGUGCCAUCUAGUGUCAAUUUAUUAUACUAAAAUCCUACCCAAGCCUUUGAUACUUAUUGUGGAGCUGUGCCAAACCCUCUAUUACAAUAAAAAAAAUAAAAAUAAAAAAAAAACUGAAAACGUAUUAAUACGUCUUUGGCACUAAAUGGAUGGAUUUGUGAAAACGUAUUAAUAUGUUUCUGGCACUAAAUAAGUAAAUGGAAGAUGAAGUUACAUAGACAUUCUGAAUGCUAACAAAUAAUUCAUUUAUUUGUUAUCACAUCAUGUCUGGAAAAAACAUCUGGCGUCUUUGUGUGGGGC